UGGUCGCAUUGUUUGGGGUCUUUCCCGUGGUCUCGGCGGGUCUCCGAGUUGAAACAACGAAAGUGGAAGUACGACCAAGAAUUGACGAAAAUACUGCUUAAAGUGUAGUUAGUGGAUAUCGUCGGACCCUCGUUCGGCCCACAAUGAAUCUUGAGCUGCUCGAAUCUUUUGGACAGAACUAUCCUGAGGAGGCAGAUGGAACGCUGGACUGCAUCAGUAUGGCCCUCACCUGCACCUUCAACCGCUGGGGGACACUCCUGGCGGUGGGCUGCAACGACGGCCGCAUUGUCAUCUGGGAUUUCCUGACGCGCGGCAUCGCCAAGAUCAUCAGUGCUCACAUCCAUCCCGUCUGCUCUUUAUACUGGAGUCGAGACGGCCACAAGCUGGUGAGUGCGUCCACGGACAACAUUGUGUCGCAAUGGGACGUCCUGACGGGCGACUGCGACCAGCGCUUCCGCUUCCCCUCGCCCAUCCUCAAGCUGCAGUGCCACCCAAGAGACAUGGACAAAGUGCUGGUGUGUCCCAUGAAGUCGGCGCCAGUGCUGCUCACCCUGUCCGACUCCAAACAUGUGGUGCUGCCCGUGGACGACGACUCGGACCUGAACGUGGUGGCGGCCUUCGACCGGCGGGGCGAGUACAUCUACACGGGCAACGCCAAAGGAAAGAUUUUGGUGUUGAACACGGACACUCAGGACCUGGUGGCGUCGUUCCGAGUGACCACCGGCACCAGCAACACCACCGCCAUCAAAUCCAUUGAAUUUGCACGCAAGGGCAGUUGCUUCCUCAUCAACACGGCGGACCGCAUCAUCCGGGUUUACGAUGGCAGGGAGAUCCUGACCUGCGGCCGCGACGGCGAACCCGAACCCAUGCAGAAGCUCCAAGAUCUGGUCAACAGGACUCCGUGGAAGCGCUGCUGCUUCUCCGGGGACGGCGAGUACAUUGUCGCCGGCUCGGCUCGCCAGCACGCCCUCUACAUCUGGGAGAAGAGCAUCGGCAACCUGGUCAAGAUCCUGCACGGCACCCGAGGGGAGCUGCUGCUAGAUGUGGCUUGGCAUCCCGUGCGCCCCAUCAUUGCCUCCAUCUCAAGCGGCGUGGUGUCCAUCUGGGCCCAAAACCAAGUGGAGAAUUGGAGCGCUUUUGCGCCAGACUUCAAAGAGCUGGAUGAGAACGUUGAGUACGAGGAGCGAGAGUCCGAGUUUGACAUUGAGGAUGAGGACAAGAGCGAACCCGAGCAGACAGGCGCCGACGCGGCUGAGGACGAGGAGGUGGACGUCACAACGGUGGACCCCAUUGUGGCAUUUUGCAGCAGCGACGAGGAGCUGGAGGAUUACAAGGCUUUGUUGUACCUUCCCAUCGCCCCCGAGGUGGAGGACCCAGAGGAGAACCCCUUCGGUCCCCCGCCAGACUCCACGCCCCAGACGGGCGCCACCGAGGAGGUGGCGCAGGCGGGCGGCGACAAGAAACAGCGGCCGCCGUCAUCCGAUGGAGCCCCGGCCAAGAAGAAGGCACGCACUACCAACAUCGAACUGCAGGGGGUGCCAGUUGAUGAAGUGCACCCCCUGCUGGGCGUGAAGGGCGACGGCAAGUCUAAGAAGAAGGCGGCGGGCCGGCCCAAAGGCUCCAAAGGUAAAGACAAAGACUUCCCCUUCAGGCCCAAGCCCUACAGGGGCGGCGAGCGGCCGUCCUUCGCCAUGGAGGUCCUGGCCGGCUCGGGCCCAGGAGGCGGCAGUGGAGGAGGAGGAGGGAUGAAGGGCAGGGCAGAGGGGGGCCUGGCCACAGGGACGCUGGUGACUCAGACGUACAAGCAGCACGACAACGGGGGCAUGGACUGAGGCCACGAGAAACACAAAAUCCACAGACUGUGAGCAAGCACCAAUAUGCGCGCUUUCCACUCCUGUCAGAAGUGGGAAACUCCCACACCUCGCUCGGGCCCACCAACAGGAGAGAUCACGUCCUCUGUACCGUUUGUCUUGUAUAGAAUUGUCUCAUAGUGUUUGUAUGUGAGUGUGGAGGGCGGGCUUUUUUUAUACAAAUUAAAAGAUUUUGGAAUUAUCA